AUGGCAGACGCGCCCGUCAUCUUCAAGCGAACAAAGGCGAAGCCUGCUCAACGUGGUCGCACAUCGACUCCGGACAUUGCUGAGAGCGGAGCCGACGGAGAGGCUGCUGAUGUGGAAGUGGAGGAGUCACCCAGUACACUUGCCACGAAAUUGAAGAAGAAGAUCAAAACUCGCGAAAAACCUAAGUCGAAGCUCAGCUUUGGUGGGGAUGAGGAAGGGGAAGGGGAAGUUUUUCAGGUGAAGAAAUCAAAGCUGAGCAAGAAGAUCACGCUUGGGAGACACCCUUCAUUCAAUGUUAUUCCAUCGUCUGUAGAUCUGUCCAUGACAUCAAGGACCGAUAGCACACCAAAAUACGAUGCGGCCUAUCUAUCGGAGCUUAAAGCCAGCACACCGACAGCGCGACCGUCCGUGUAUACGGAUGGAGACAUAUCCUACGACGCCGACAUGUCUGUCGAUACUGAGUCAAUGCUACAGUCCACAAUGUCAAGAGAGGCUGAGCCGGAGGCCAUGAUCCCAUCAGGGUCCGCUGUAUCAGCCGCAAAGCAGAAACGAGAGCGGCUGCGUGCGGCGGGUAAUACUGGAAGUGAAGAUUAUAUUUCACUAUCGGUGUCAAAGCGCAGCGAUUUUGCUCAAGGACCUCACCCCGAAAGUAGGCUUAUGCGUGAGGAGGAUGAGCUGGGAGACGCGGACGACGAAUUCGCAGAGUACACUAGCGCACAAGAGCGAAUAGCGCUGGGGAAGAAGUCGCGCAAGGUGGAAGCUCGCAAACGGCGGGAAGAAAUGAACGAGAUGAUCGUUGACGCAGAAGAGCAAGACGAGGAGACUAUGGAAUGGGAGCAGGAACAACUGCGCCGCGGAGGACUUCGUGCGGAGGAUAUGAAUGAGAAGGCGGUCAAACCGACAUACAAGCCCGCGCCAAUACCUGCAAUCACACCCAUCCCAACACUGGGCGCAGCGGUCGCAAGACUCACCCAGUCUCUGACCGCUCUUACUACAUCUCAUGCACAAAACGCUGCGUCAGUGGCUUCUCUUGAACGCGAGGAGGAGCAGCUUGAGACGCGCGAGAAGGAGAUGCGCGACAUGAUCACUAAAGCAGAAGAUAAGAGGAGCUGGUUUGCAGCUUUCAGAGAGUGGGUGGAGAGUGUCGCCACAUUCCUCGAUGAGAAGGCAUGUCUGUAUCCAUCACUAGAGAAACUCGAGGACGAGCACGUCUCCUUGUUGAGAGAGCGUGCAGAUAUGAUCAAACAGCGACGGACAGCAGAUGAUGGGGACGACCUCUCGCUCUUUCUCGGCUCUCUGCCCUAUGCGCCAGAUCAGCCUGAGGAAGUCGAUGAGCUUGGCCGUGUCAUACCGCAGGCAAAUUCCCCCGCCGCCCGCCGUGGCCGGUUAAAUGCCCGCAGUGCGCGGCGUAUACUGCGGCGUGCAAGCGGGCGUGCUCGGGGGCAGGAGGAAGAGGGGUAUUCCACCGACGCGUCGCUUCCGCCGUCAGAUGCGGCAGACUAUGACACCGCCAUGGGCAGGUUAGCAAGCGACGCAAAGGAGGUCAUGGCGGAUGUGAAAGCGGAGGAGUUCCGGGAUCCAAGCCGAGGAUUAGGCAAAUGGUUCGGCGAAUGGAGAGACAAUUUUGAGGAUAACUACACCGGUGCAUGGGGAGGGUUGGGUAUGGUUGGCGCAUGGGAGUUCUGGGCACGCCUGGAGAUUUUGGGUUGGAAUCCGCUAGAGGACAGUCGAACGCUUGACAGUUUCUCGUGGUACCAUUCAUUAUAUCAGUACUCGCGCCCGCGUCGAGACGGCGAUGUAGACGAUGACGAGGAGCCGGACAUGGGGCCGGAUGGCGACCUCGUGUCGGCCAUGAUAUCUACAGCUGUAAUCCCUCGCCUCUGCAAGCUCUUGGAAGGCGGUGGUUUUGAUCCAUACUCCGCAAGGGAUACUCGGCGGCUCACCAAUCUAGCAGAGCAAGUGGAAGCCUCUGUGGAGAAGGACAACCUGAAGUUUGAGAUGAUGUUGAGGUCCAUAUACAACACCUUUGAGGUUGCCGUAUCAGCCACUGAUGCCCUCGUCUCGUCCUAUAUGGCGGUCAAUACACCCCGUUUCGAUCCGGAGGCUAUCCCUGCACGGCAGCGGUUCCUUGCUCGCAGGUAUAAGCUACUACGCAAUUUGAUCCAGUGGCGGAAAUAUACUGGCGAGCGGCUUGGAAUUGGUCAGCUGGCGAAGAGGCUUGUUGAGAAUGACAUGCUACCGAUCGCCCAAAGUGGAUGGGAGGUUGGUGGGGAGGAAUAUAUACAGAAGGUACGUGGCUACGUGUGA